GAGCAGCUUGCAGCACCUCCUGCAGCUGCAGCAGCAGUGAAGGAGGAAGAGGAGGAGGAGGAGGAGCAGCCUGCAGCACCUCCUGCAGCUGCAGCAGCAGUGAAGGAGGAAGAGGAGGAGUAUGUGGUGGAGAAGGUUUUGGACCGCAGAGUGGUGAAGGGAAGAGUAGAGUUUCUGCUGAAAUGGAAGGGGUUCUCAGAUGAGGAUAACACAUGGGAGCCUCAAGACAACCUGGACCUCAACCUUAUCACCGAGUACAUGAACAAACACAAGGAGAAGGAGGAGAAGAAGAAGGGCAAGAGGAAGCGAGGGUGCAAGAGGAAGAAGGAGGAGGAGCCCUCAGCAGACGUCAAGCUGGCGACCGGAGCAGGAAAGAAGGGCAAGAAGGCCGAGGAGGAGCAGCCUUCAGCACCUCCUGCAGAUGCAGCAGUGAAGGAGGAGGAGGAGGAGGAGCAACCUGCAGCACCUCCUGCAGCAGUGAAGGAGGAAGAGGAGGAGUAUGUGGUGGAGAAGGUUUUGGACCGCAGAGUGGUGAAGGGAAGAGUAGAGUUUCUGCUGAAAUGGAAGGGGUUCUCAGAUGAGGAUAACACAUGGGAGCCUCAAGACAACCUGGACCUCAACCUUAUCACCAAGUACAUGAAGAAACACAAGGAGAAGGAGGAGAAGAAGAAGAAGGGCAAGAGGAAGCGAGGGUGCAAGAGGAAGAAGGAGGAGGUGAGGGAAGGAAAGAGAAACGGAGAGGAGGAAAGGGACCCAAAUGUCACCACUGUCAACACUGUGACAAAUCUUUCACAACAUCUGGAUAUUUAAAGAUUCAUCAGAGAGUUCACACUGGAGACAGUCUACACAGCUGUGGUCAAUGUGGGGCAGCUUUCACACGACCGAGUACCCUAAAAAAACAUCAACGCAUUCACACUGGAGAGAAGCCUUACAGCUGUGAUCUAUGUGGUAAAACCUUUUCUCAGAGUGGUAACCUUAAAUCUCACCAGCAUGUUCACACUGGAGAGAAGCCUUACAGCUGUGAUCAAUGUGGUAAAACUUUUUCUCAGAGUGGUCACCU